GCCGAAGGCCAAGUCUGCUGCGAGUGGCCGCCGGCGCGAGCGACUGGAGCAGAAGAGGGAGCUGAAGCGGGCCGGAGGUGCGGCGUGGAGGAAGCUGGGGGCGGAUCGCGCCUGUCGGUGCGGAUUGACCCGCGGCGGGGAAGGCUCACUGUGGCCUGCGCUCCAGGCCGCUCCGAGGAGGGACUCAUGUUCAACACAGGGAUUGGACAGCACAUUUUGAAAAAUCCUCUAAUUGUCAACAGCAUUAUCGAUAAGGCUGCGUUAAGACCUACUGAUGUGGUGCUAGAAGUUGGGCCUGGGACUGGAAACAUGACCGUCAAGCUGUUAGAAAAGGCCAAAAAGGUAGUUGCCUGUGAACUUGAUCCAAGGCUAGUAGCUGAACUUCACAAAAGAGUUCAGGGCACGCCUCUGGCCAGUAAACUUCAGGUCCUGGUGGGAGAUGUAUUGAAAUCGGAUUUGCCGUUCUUCGAUGCUUGUGUGGCAAACUUGCCUUAUCAGAUCUCCUCUCCUUUUGUCUUCAAGUUGCUGCUCCACCGACCAUUUUUCAGAUGUGCUAUACUUAUGUUUCAAAGAGAAUUUGCUCUUCGUUUGGUUGCAAAACCUGGAGAUAAAUUAUACUGCAGACUCUCCAUUAAUACACAGCUUUUAGCACGUGUGGACCAUCUAAUGAAGGUGGGGAAGAAUAACUUCAGACCGCCCCCCAAGGUAGAGUCCAGCGUUGUAAGGAUAGAACCUAAGAAUCCACCACCACCUAUCAAUUUUCAGGAAUGGGAUGGCCUAGUAAGGAUCACUUUUGUUCGGAAAAACAAGACACUGUCUGCUGCAUUCAAAUCAAGUGCAGUACAACAGCUGUUGGAAAGAAACUACAGAAUUCACUGUUCAGUACAUAAUACUGUAAUACCAGAAGAUUUCAGUAUAGCAGAUAAAAUACAGCAAAUCCUAACCAGCACAGGUUUUAGUGACAAACGGGCCCGUUCCAUGGACAUAGAUGACUUUAUCAGGUUGCUACAUGGAUUCAAUGCAGAAGGCAUCCACUUUUCCUAGCCAUUUGAAAACAUGCUUUUUCCAAGACCAAGAAAAAAAUGAAAUUAUAAAUCUCCAUGGUCAAAGUGGUUAAAUCUACAUAUUCCUGUUUUUGUUUUAAAUAUACUACAAAGAGCAGGGUUCAAUAGACAUAACCAUUUCCAAGUUUAAAAGCCGCAGAUACGCACAACCAUACACUUAAACUUUCUAACAAUUUAUUGUAUAAAGAUGUUACUCUGUUAUGGACUGUGAGGCCUACUUUAGGCCUGCAGCUCAGUCACCCAGUCACAAAUCCUCCUCAUUCACAUGUACAGUACGUUACUUAACACGACUUUCCUUUACACACCCUCUUCAUCCUAGACAGUUUCCAUGUAUUAAUGCCAUCUUUGUUAGAUGACCUGUUGCAACACAGACAACAGUAUAGUUCUGGAUAAGCCAGAGUCUGCUGCAGUCAUAUAGUGCAGGCAUGUCCUGUAUGACUCUACCUGUGAAAUGCAGACACGUAGAAAGAAGCUAACUAUAAAGUCAUGUUAAGUCUGUUUUCUUGGGGGGAGACAGAUCUAUAGAUUUCAGAUUUAGAAAAAUCCCAGAGAGUUUAUAAGUAAAAUGGGC